CUUAUCGAUAUGGGCCAUGGCCUUUGGUGGGCUUGCGGGGAGUGGAGCGGCCACUCGCGACUGGAAGGAGGCUUGCUGGCCACAAGCGCCCUCCUACGUCAGUCGUCACCGAUCGUGAAAGCGCCCAGAUAGCUUGGAGCCGCCCAAGCGAGUCUGCCACACAGCUGAUCAUGACCAAGGCCCAAUCAUAGCGAUGACGGACCUGACGCCUGCAUUCGCCGGCCUGCUGCAAAGUCAUGGCAAGCAGCUCAAGCCUCGGACGUUCAGUCCCGACAGCCUGGACGACUUUCUCAAGGAGGCUUACAAGAUAAACGAACACAUAGUCUCACUGCACCGCGACCUGCGAAGCAUCCGACAAUCCUACCUCUCAACCGCACAGCCACGCCGCACACAGCUACGAUCCGCCGCAGGCCAGCACAAUGACCGCUCCUCGGGGAUUUCGGGAGCCGGCGCGAAGCCCAUGAGCGACCGUGACCGCGAGAAAGUCGAUGCCGACGCGAAGCAGAUGCUGCGCAAGCUCAAUGCGAGCAUCAAGAGCCUGCGCGAGACCGAGGAGGUGCGCCACGAGACAGAGAUAGCGCUGAUAAACCAGAAAUUUGGCGGCGGGCGGGGCUUCAGCAUGGCCAAGCGCUGGGUCGCGGGCGGUGUUGGCGGCGUUGCGUCCGCGAGCAGCGGCAAGUCGAGUGAACAGAUUGCCGCCGAGGACCGGGAGAAGGCUGUGAGCACACACCGGGGCAGCGUAUUGUGGAUGCUCGGCCAGCGGCUGCAGGAGUGCAUCUCGACCCAGCAGCAGAUGAUGGAGAUACGGAUAUCCAGGGAGAUGGAGAAGAACCGAAGCGUACUUGCCAAGGCACGUGCGCCGGACAUGGCGGCGCUGCGGGCGAUGAUGGAGCCUGGAGACGACAAUGGCCAUGGCGGCUCCAACGCCGCAGCUGCAGAGAUGGGCCGCAAGGCCGACGAGGAGGCGCAGAGAGCAGCAGCGGCUUACAACCCGGCGGCGGAUCUGACGGCGGAGCAGAUACAAAUGUUCCAGCAGGAGAACGCAGACAUGCUGCGGCACUACGAGAGCACGUUGGACCAAGUCAGGACUGCACAGAAAUCACUCGUGGAGAUUUCCGAACUUCAGACACAGCUGGUGGACAACCUGACGGCACAGUCUGCAAAUAUUGACCUGCUCAUGGCCGACUCGAGCAACACGACUGAAAACGUUGGCGGAGGAAACAAGCAGCUGAAGCAGGCGACGCAGAAGCCGAGCACGGCAAAGUACACGUUCUACGCGACAUGCGGGCUAUGCGCGUUCCUGGUUGUAUGGGAUCUGAUAAUAUAAGACAGGGCUGUCCUCGCGUACUGCCCCUCAAGCCACUUGCCCUAGUUCACGGCAUGACCAUUGUGAAGCGAGAACGAGGCAUCAAGACAGGAGUGAUCGUCUUUGCGUGCCAUGUUGCAUGCACUUUUGGUUGUGGUUG